CUACAACAAGCAACGAAAAGCUCAAACCGUAAAUAACGUUAUGAAGUACCUCGAGGAGCCCCAACUGUCGUGGCUCAACUCGGUGCUGGGCAGCUACGAGAUCGGCGACCGCGUGCUCAAUGGCAAGAUCGAGACGUACUCGUGCAAGAAGGCAGGCAGCGACAAGCGCCUGGCCAAGAGUCUGGAGCUGUACUACCAGCAGGAGAUCGAGGCAGCCGCCGACCUGCUGGGCUCGUCCCCGUUGGGUCCCAUCGCCGCUCCAGCCACGCGGAAGCUUCUCAUCAAUCUCAUCUCCACUAUGAACGCCAGUUUCCCAGACUACGACUUCAGCGCCGUCAAACCCGAACAGUUCCGAAAGGAACCGGACUUCCGGAUAGCGCUGCAGCGCAUUAACCACGACCUGGCUGAGCUGCUGGAGGCCGAGGGCAAUGGCUUCGUGGAGAAGAUGUGGGAGGCCAUCGCUGAGGCCAUCAAGCUCGACGAGUGCGACGUGUACAGCUAUAUUCCGGACAUGGAUUCGGACCCGUUUUCGGACGGGAAUCUGUACGUAUUUAUGGAUUUUCUGGAUGGAUUUUCUGGGUAUUUACGGAUAUUGUACAUUAGGUGGUCGUUCAACUACUUCUUCUACAACAAGGUGCAGAAGAAGGUGCUGUACUUCACGUGUCUGUGCAAGGGCUUGACAUACGACAGUGAUAUGGACGACGAAACAAUGGAGGAUUCCGUUGUCAUGGAUGACGACGGAGAAGACGCAAUGGAGGAUUACUUUGGCAUGUCGCCGGACUGGUACGAACAAAGCUUGAGCGACUGAGUGCAGAUUUUUUUUUACCGAUUUAUUGAUAUGCAGGGAGGACGGCUCGUAAAUCUGUACGCACACAGUGCCUUCGCGUGCACUUUUCCCUCUCACUGCAGCGCGUCCUUAUCUGCAGGAAGAGACGACUUGGUCCCUUUCUCCACAUCUCGUCGUGCGGUCUCGCUUUCUCUUCUGGAGCGGAUGAAGGCAACCACGUCCCAGGUUGGACAAAAGCAGUCGGAGGGAACGACGCGUUCGUACUCCGCUGCUGUGCCUUAAUGCUCUACUGUAUAUUGGUUAAUGUAUGCUUCACUUUGCGCUGCAUAUCCGCGUAGUCAGCUGUAUUAUUAGUGUUUAGCGAUACGGAAGAGGCUCUCGGACUGAGAAGGUAUUGGACACGCCCGCGACGCCGCCCAGCGCGUUAUUUUCCCGUAUUACCACCUGGAAUUUCCGUGCAGAUAUCCCCGAAUUCGCAGUACUUGGUCUUGCAGUUGCUACGGGGAUAUUGGAGGAUCCGACUGUGACUUGAGCUCGGAGCAGCGACGCACGCGGAGAAAAUGACGAGCUAGGACGCUUGAAUGUCGUUCGGUCUGGAGGUGCAGCUACACGAUUAUUAACUGUGCGAGGUGAAGCCGAUUGAGAUCUACGAGGAGCUGGUUGUAGACGUAGCGGUUGUUCAGGCUGGAUACAAACUGUGGACUCGUGUUGUUUUAAUUGUGUGAGUUGUGUAGUAAUUGCUGCCUUCUCGCGGAGUUCUCGAGUCACUUGUUGCUGCAAACGACGGAUUUCAUUCUGAUAGUGACGUGUGGAGUUCAAGUACUGAGUUUCCAGUCGUUGCCGUUCCUGCUUCGUGACAAUUGUGUCGGUAGCAAUUUGUGUACGACCAGUAUUAAAAUCCGUUGAACUCUCGGUAUCACUGUCAGGAACUGUACGGAUUUUGGGAGAAAUCGCUGGGAGAUCGUCAGAUUCUGUACGAUUGUGAGUCGCUGAUAGUCCUCGGACUUUUUCCUCUCGUCUUCUUUGUGCUAUUGCCUCCAUCUCCUUCUGCACCGUCGUCCACUUUACUUGAAAAUAGGUCUUCUCCUGGGAUAAUUUACUCAAAUUCUGCUCCAAUUGCUUCACGUAAAUCUGCAAUUGUUCCACUUCAUUACGUAAAAGUUCAUCAGCAGUAGCAAAUCUUUGCGUAAGUAAAAAUUCUCGUUCUUUAGCCG